AUAAUUCAAAACUAGUUUUAUCUUUGAAUUUUUGACCUAAUGAGAUUUCACUAUGAUGAGUGAACAGUUGGUGUUGGAAGAAGAUUAUGAUGAAAAUUACGUUCCACUGGAGGAAGAAAUCCAUGAAUAUGCCAGAGUAAUUGGCCUCGAUCCCUUUGUGGAUGCGGAUCUGUUGUGGAUCGCCAAGGAAGGAAUUAAUGCUCCUCUUCCACCUCACUGGAAACCAUGCCAAGACACAAAUGGAGAUAUUUAUUACUUCAACUUUGAAAGUGGUGACAGCAUCUGGGAUCAUCCAUGUGAUGAGUUCUACAGAGCCAUGGUGAUAGAGGAGCGGCAGAAGCGAGUUUUGAAGCAAUCGGUGCAAAGUGCUGCGAAACCAACAGCGAAAAAGAAAGAUAAAGUUGGAAAGAAAAAAAAGAAGGAUAAAUUGGCUGAACCAGGGUCGCAAAAGUUCCUUGGCCAGCUGAACCCUUUAAAACUAAAUGACUCUCUUGCUUCUACAGGUUCUCUUGGUGCACUAGGUGGUACAGCAAGUCUUGGAGCUUUACCUGGUGGACUAGCUCCUUUGAAAGGAGUGGGUGGGGGAAGACUGUCUGGAGUUUCUGGUCUACCUGGUCUUACAUCAGAUACAUCCAAGCAAUUGGACCCGAUGGGACAAACUGGUAGUUCUCUUGGCAGCACAUUUGAUGCUGGAAGGAUUAACUUAGAUAAACUGGAAACAAAAGAUCUUGAGCAAACUGCACUGGAGUAUCAGGUCUCGGAAGAAGAUUCAGAGGAAGUGAAAGAUGAAAUGGACAAGAUGAUUGUUUCCUCAAAUUCAGAUGAAAUCGAGAGCAGUAUCGGUAAAAACUCUAAUGAUUUUGCAAAUGUUAUGGACAUUGAUGAAUUGAAACCAACCCAGGAUGUAAAACUUGAAGAGAAACCAUCAGAUCUGGGGCUGUAUUUAACAACAGGUAAAAUUGGUGGUAAUGACACUGGUGGAGCUGGAAGCAAGUUAUCUGACUUUGGUUUAAAUAAGCCACAGCCGAGAGAAAUAGCUGCCAGAGCAGCUGAAAAGAGAAUGUAUGGAUCUGAGUCGCUAAAAACGGAAUCAAUACCUGACAUUUCAUCGUCCGAGAGUUCAGUGGUAGAAGAUCUUCCUGUUAAGAAAAUUGAGAACAAAGAUUCGGAUGCAGAGAUGAAACUCUUGGAAAACGAAAAGGAAGAUGCGUUGAAUGAACUGAAGCAAACUAUCAAGAUGGAAAUAGAAAAUGAGAAAUUAAAGUUGGAGAAGAAAAAAAGAGAAGAUAUUGAGAAGCUGAAAAGGGAGAUGGAAGAUGAGUUUUUGGAUGAAGAAGCUGCGUUGAAAGAGAAACAGAGCAGUGAGCUGAUUCGUAUGCAACAAAAAGUUCGAUCAGAAACAGAUUCCGAAUUAGCAAAGCUGAAGGAGGAAAGUGAAGAGAAGAUCACUGAUGCAAAAGUUGAAAUGAAGAGAAAACAAAAUCAAACUGAUGUGGAAGAGUUGAUGGCGCAAACUGAAUUGGAACUUGAGGAAAAGCUGGAAGAGUUGAAUCUUGUAAAGCAACGGAAGCUCGAAGAAAUUGAAAGUUCACAUGAAAACGACACUGAACAAGAGGUGGCACAAUUACAGCAGAAGUUAAGGGAAGAAAGGCGAAAGUUGUGUGAUAAACUAAGAGAGGAUCAUGAUGCAGAGAUGCGAUCCCUGCGUAUCCGACUGGAGGAAGUUCACAAUGAAGAGAAGCAACAGUUGAGGGAAAAUUUACGAAAAGCAAAUUCAGUGGGUGAUGAACAAGAGGUAAACAUCAGAGAAGUUCUCAAUGAGAAAUCUAAGCAGCUGUACAGUGCACAUGAGAGGGAAAUUGAGGAUGUCAUGAAGGAGCAUCAGGAACGCCUUCGGAAAUUGCGUGAGGAAAACAACAAUGAGUAUCAGCAACAAGUGCGGGCGCUGACAAAGAGAUCUAAAGAUGAUUUGGAAACUGAACUCACGAGGUUAAAGAAGGAGAAUGACACAAUCCUGGAGGCAGAGAGGAGGAAACAUAAAGUGUUAUGUGAUGAGCUGAGAAAUGAUCAGGAGAUGCUGAAUUUGCGAAGAUCAAAAUUAGAAAGUGAACAAGCCCGUGUUGAAAACUUAGAAAUUAGUUUACAAAAGCGAUCUCGUGCCAAUCAUGACAUCAUGUCUGCUUCAAAUAGUCACUCAACACCCGCUGUUAAGGAUACUUCAGUAAAAAGCUCAGUCGUAAAUGAGGAAAUUCAAACUUUAAAGCAACAGCAAGAAUCUCUGAGGAAAAUGAUUGAGGAUUUACAAAUUCAAACCCAAACUCCAAGGUCCGCGUUUAACAAUGCAGAACACAACCUACAGGUUGAAGAUCUAGAACCACAUGUGCGAGAUUUUGCACCUGGAACGCAUAAUUUUAACACUGCUCCCGGCACUGAUCUGAAUCCACCAUUAAAGCCUUUCACUUCAGAUGCAUCAAAGAAGGCAUGGGAAAAGCAAGAUGAAGGUAUAAGAAAAGCCAAAGAAUUUCUUCUGCAGCAACAACAGGCUGCUAGAAAGGAUAGUGUAAGAGGGUUGGCAUGGUACAACACAAUGCGGGAUGCAGAACACAAAGACCAAAUGAACGAAACAAAGCAAGCUAUGGGUGAAAUUCAAUCAAGUUUGGAAAGAGAGCCUUUUACAAUCAAUGGACAAUUGUCGAACGGCCACAAUGUUGAUAAUGGGCAGUGGUAUAAUCAGAGACCAACCACUGAUCCUUCAUAUCUCCCCACCUCCGGUGCAGCCUACCCACAAUUUCCUUCAAGAACUUCUGCAAAUAAUUCAAAGAACCAGCAAGAACUUGAAAGCUACCUGAAAUCGGUCGAUCAAAAGCUGAACCACAUCAUGAAAGCGAUAUCCGAGAAAGAAAAUAUAUCUAGAAUGACGCCUCCUGCAGUUGCAAGGUCGUCCUUCGUGGCUGAUUUUGUGGAAAACGAACUGGUCAACAAAUGGAAGAAAUACUUUGGUAGGCAUACCAUGCUGGGCGUCCCACAACCACAGGAGACAAUGUUUGAUCGAAAUGAGUUCCCAUAUUGGAGGUAUAUGUCUGGCCGUCAACUGAUGGAGACAAACGGUCACGUCCACCCAGAUGCGAGCCAGCUUACCUCUCAGUUGUUUAAUAAACCAAUGCAUAACAUGCCUUCAAAUCUUUCCCCUAGAAGUCGCGUCAAACUUGUAAUUGACAACGAUAAUGAAAUCAGAGCAGUGAGCCCAUAGUUUGUAGACCUUGAACAAAUUUUAUUUACUAGAGUAGUAGCUGUGAACAUGCUCACAUGUUUUUAAAUUUAAAACAGUGUUUUUAUGUUGUGUAUGCAUGUUUACUUCCCAUAACUUUAUAAGCACUAAUCCUUAUUUCAAUUUUAAUUGUAAAGUGAGUUUCUGUGUUAUUGGACAAUGUGUUCCAAAAUCUCCAAAUUACACUUGUGUAUUAGAAGUUGUAUCUCCCACUGUAUUAACUCAUUCUAUAUUUCAAUGUCGUGCCUUUGUUGAAAACACAUCUUCCAACUAACCUAUUUUAUUUAUUUUGUUACUGAGUGAACACAAAUGCCAAACUUACACAAAGCAUAUUCAUUGGUACCAUAUUGAUUUUCUUUCUAUUCCUAUUUAAGAUGUGUACUUCCUUGUCAAAACAUGCUUUACAUGCGGUGUACCUUUAUUAUGAUAUAUAUAUAUAUAUAUAUAUAUAUAUUUACGUUAUUGUGCUGUAACAUAAUGGGUAAACCUGACAUCUGCAGUUAAACCUUUUAUUCUGAUUUGCUAGGUCAUUACAACUAAGCAUAUUGCGUUCUCCUGAUUCAUAUUUCUGUUCCUAAAUUUAAGUAUUACUGACUACUGUGUUUGUUUUUCACCAAUUUAUAGCAACAUUUGGUCUAUAAAAUAACAGUAAAGUAAAGUUUGCCCAUCCGUGAAAACAUUCUCACUUCAUUUAAUGCUAAGUUUAAAUUAUAUUUUUAUCUC